AGGGAGGCAGAGGGACUGCCUCUGAGAUCCCUCCUGCAGCACCACCAGCACCUCUGCGAAGCCAUGGCACCCAAGAAAGCCAAGAAGAGGAUUGAAGGUGCGAAUUCCAAUGUCUUCUCCAUGUUCGAGCAGGCCCAGAUCCAGGAAUUCAAAGAGGCGUUCACCAUCAUGGAUCAGAACCGAGACGGCUUCAUCGACAAGGCAGACCUGAGAGAUACAUUUGCUGCACUCGGGCGCCUGAAUGUGAAAAACGAGGAGAUCGAUGAGAUGAUCAAGGAGGCACCUGGCCCAAUCAACUUCACUGUGUUCCUCACCAUGUUUGGGGAGAAACUCAAGGGUGCUGAUCCAGAGGAGACGAUCCUGAACGCGUUCAAGGUGUUUGAUCCGGAGGGCAAAGGGCUGAAAUCUGCCUACAUCAAAGAAAUGCUGAUGACGCAGGGCGAGAGGUUUUCCCAGGAGGAGAUCGAUCAGAUGUUUGCUGCCUUCCCUCCAGACGUCUCCGGCAACCUCGACUACAAAAACCUCGUCCACGUCAUCACACACGGAGAGGAGAAGGACUAACCCAUGGGGUUAGCACUGUGGGGUCACCUCUGUGUGGGUCACUCUGCAGGUCCCUUUGUCCCUCUCCCUGGAGCUGCAGAGCUGUUCUUCAACGGGAUAACAGCCCAGAACAGCAGCCACACGCAAUAAAGUGCAUUUUGGUGAGAGGAAAUCCGA